AUGUCGCUGACAAAACUCCUGCUCGUGGUUCUCGUCGUCGCCGGCGCAUGGACGGCCGCGGAGGCCGUGAGGCAGCACCGCAAGGGCCACCGAGAUCCUUAUGAGGAUGUGUUUGACCGUCAGGAAGCUGACCGGGUGGAUACUCUGCCGGGACAGCCAUCCGAGGUCGGGUUCCAGCAGUUCGCCGGCUAUGUGACGGCUAACGAGUCCCACGGCCGCGCCCUCUUCUACUGGUUCUUCGAGGCCACGCACGACGUGGAGAACAAGCCCCUCGUGCUCUGGCUCAACGGAGGACCGGGAUGCUCGUCGGUGGGAUAUGGAGCACUGGAGGAGCUGGGUCCAUUCUUGGUGCAGAAGGGGAAGCCAGAGAUCAGCCUCAACCCUAAUUCAUGGAACAAGGAGGCCAACCUCCUGUUCGUCGACUCCCCAGCAGGCGUUGGAUUCUCCUACACCAACACCUCCAAGGAUCUCAGCCAAUUCGGCGAUGAGCUCACCGCAACGGACGCUCAUGCCUUCCUCUUGAACUGGUUCAAGAGGUUCCCACAGUUCAAGGGCCACGAUUUCUACCUCGCCGGGGAGAGCUACGCGGGGCACUACAUUCCUCAGCUUGGCGUGAAGAUCUUGGAGGGCAACAAGAAGGCACACAGGAAGGAUCGGAUCAACCUCAAGGGCAUCAUGAUCGGCAACGCGGCCAUCGACUCGAGCUCCGACGACCGUGGCCUCGCCGACUACGCGUGGGACCACGCCGUCCUCUCCGACGAGGUGUAUGGCGCCAUCAAGAAGGAGUGCACCUUCCCCGACGACGGCAACGAGAGCGACAAGUGCGAACAGGCCUGGAGCGACUUCUUCGCCGUCAUGCGGGACAUCGACCUCUACAGCCUCUACACCCCGGCGUGCACCGACGCCAUGGCCAACGCCAGCCGCACCAACUCAUCUUCUUCCUCCUCCCGACGCUCAUGGAAGCUCGCCGACACGCCGCUCGGUAAGGUUCACCGCGGGAUGCCGUACAACACGUACGACCCGUGCGUGGACUACCACGUGUUCGACUACCUGAACCGCGCCGACGUGCAGAAGGCGCUGCACGCCAACGUCACUGGGAUCCCCUACAACUGGGAGCCCUGCAGCGACGCGCUGAGCAACUGGACGGACUCGCCGCCGUCGACGCUGCCGGCCAUCAGGCAUCUGGUGGACGCCAAGCUCCGCGUGUGGGUGUUCAGCGGCGACACGGACGACCGGGUGCCGGUGACCUCGACGCGGUACGCGCUGCGGAAGCUGGGCCUCGCCACCGUCAAGGAGUGGCGCGAGUGGUUCACCACCGACCAGGUCGGCGGCUACACGCUCGUCUACGACGGCCUCACCCUCGUCACCGUCCGCGGCGCCGGACACAUGGUACCCAUGAUCACCCCCGUCCAGGCCAGCCAGGUCUUUGCGCACUUCCUCGCCGGCGACGAGAUGCCGGCCAAGCCUGUCGUCUAG